AUGCUCUCACACUAUCUGCUUACGUGGUCUGAGACUCUGCCUGCUGAUUCUCCCACCGUUGGCUCUGCUCUUCGCUCUACUCGAUCCCACCAGCCGUCAGAUGGGAUCAGUAAGAUUAUGCGAAUUAGUCCCAUUGGUGAUGGUUGUAUCAACACUGCAAGGCGUUGUGACGCUGAUGCUGGUUCUUUCUUUGUAAAAAUAAACAGGGGCAUUGGACCAUCCAUGUUUGAGGGAGAGGCUCUCGGCCUAGGUGCUAUGGCGUUUAGAGGCAAUCGGUGCGUUCUAGGGAGAAAGCUAGCUGAAAUGCAUAAAGCUGGGAAAUCUGAAAAAUGCUUUGGUUUGAUGUUGAUAAUACCAUUGGCAGAUAAAUACUUGGACAUCAGACCGGAUAGAGUUUUACAGAAACCACAGAUUGGGUUACCAACUUAA